AUGCCGGUCAUUCGUGGUUCUCGAGCAACGCCCCACUCGCCGAUGCUUUGCGUAUUCGCGUUUUUCAAGAAUUUGUUCACAGCGGUUGCUCCAUUUCUAACCGCGUGGGAAAUUCCAUGCCCUUGGUCGACCCUCUUCGGUGGAUAUGACUUCCAGAAGAGCUUUGGCACCACUACUCUCGUCAAACAUGCCUGCAUUCAUGACGCUUUCGAAGCUAUAUCUAAAUCCUUCCCUUCCGAUCCUGCCAUUGUCGAUCAUCAACUCGACAGACUCUCAUUACGUGUAUCAUCCUUCCUGCGAACCAGGGGAGUUUCUCCCAGAUCACUUGUGUGCCUCAUCGGAGAGCGUUCUAUUCCUCACAUAGUCGCUAUCUUCGGUGUUCUUCGCGCUGGUGCUGCUUAUGUUCCAUUGGACGGACAGCUCAUUACCGACGAUACUCUUCGAGGCAUCCUUGCCGAUGCGGAACCAUCCUUUACUCUAUAUUCAAGGGUUUUCGCGUCUCGUAAUGGCCUGUUACCGCCUCAGAGCCUCUGCAUAGAGGACGUUCUGGAGCUAUUGGACGAAGGUGCCAUUGAACUCCAACCACCCUGGAAGGGUCGAGGCUCUGACAAGGCAUAUAUUAUUUACACUUCGGGUACGACAGGAGAGCCGAAGGGAGUCGUCGUCAAUCAUUCCAAUGUCACGAAUUUGUUAUCCCUAUCUCCCGGAAAUUUAAGUAUUGGCCGAGGUACUAAAGUGUCUCAACUGUUGAACAUUGCGUUCGACAUGUGCGCCUGGGAAACGCUGGGAUGCCUCACCAAUGGCGGAACGCUCUACCUGCGCGGACCGCAACGCACAGACUGGAUUUCUGUGAUGAAGAAGGUUGAUGUAAUAAUUGCGACUCCGUCGAUUCUAGCUUCACACGAUCCUGUGGAUUAUCCCAAUCUCCUUGCGGAUAGAUGGGCAAAGCGAGCAACGUUCUAUAAUGCUUACGGUCCUACUGAGGUCACUAUCGUAAACACCAUGCGCAAGCAUGUACCAGGAGCCCCCCUUUCAGUAGGAUUCCCAACCCCGAACAACUCUAUCUAUAUACUUGAUGACGACUUACGGCCGGUUCCAGUAGGUGCAACAGGCAUAAUUUGGAGUGGUGGCCACGGAGUUACUCAAGGUUACCUGAAAAGAUCCGCACUGACCGCCAUAAAAUACGUUCCGGAUCCAUAUCGAGACGAAUCAAGGUGGAUGUACAACACUGGAGAUCUAGGGAGGUUGCGUGAAGAUGGUCAAAUUGAACCUCUGGGUCGCCUCGACGACCAAGUCAAAAUCAAAGGCUUUCGUGUUGAACUUGAUGGGGUGACCGCAACGAUACUUCGCUGCUCUGAAGUUUCAAGCGCGUGCUCUUUGCUGAUCGAGGGCGAGCUAUGGUCUUUCUAUUCACCAGAGACGGUGGAUCCAAGUAUUAUUCGAGAGGCGGUCACGCGCAUACAUCCCAGUUAUGCUGUUCCUUCCAAGAUUUUCCCUCUCAAGUGCCUUCCUUUAACAAGAAACGGGAAAACAGAUAAAGUAGAAUUGCAGCGAAUCGCAGCGACAUUUGUUACACGAGAAGUGGACUAG